UAUCAUCAAAUCGUUGCUGCCAACUCACCAGCUGAGAAGGCGUUGUUAUAUCAAUCAUGGUUUGUCGAUUGUACUCCGCCCGGACCGCCUGGCCUCCACGCGCAACAGGCUAUCACUCAGGCGAUAGCAUCUGGUCUCAAGUAUCGUGCACUAGUCUUUGGAUCCAUACGUGACCAGGAUUGAAAAGACCUCGGUGCAUGGCAUUGUCCGUAGAGACUUAUGUAAUACCGGUAGGUUUCUUAUCUGAUGCAACACUACGCAUGAAAGGAAAGAUGACAAAAUCAUGUAUCAAACCAAUAUACUCAUUAAUAACAACGAAAGUUUUGCCUUGCAGACUUUGGUCUUUCGAUAACACUCUGAAGUACUUUGUGGGCAAUAACCUUACUUCCCGCUGGCGGAUGCCCUUCGCAUGGUGGCGGCAAUGUUGGGUGACAGAAUCUCAGCCCUUCCGUCAACUCACUAGCGUUGACGAUGGCCGUUUGAAACAGUAUUGGCUCAAAUGUCUGUCCACCAAUUUCAAUGCUCGACCUCAAGUCCAAGAAACCGUAGCGUUCAUAAAAGUCGAGCCACAGAAGCUUCGAUUGCAAGUAAUUCUAAUCAACGGCUUGCCAUACAGUCUUUGUCUGUGUCGAUUCACGACGUCUCAUACCCCUUCAGUCACCUUUGUGAUUGUUACACGAAGUUCGUGUUCGUAUCGAUGAUUAUCGAUUAUCUUCCUAAAGCACUCACGUCUACCAAGUGUUAUAACCAGUACAUUGACAAUCGUCCGAGUAGAUUAUACACAGAAAAUCAACGUUUCAACAAUUAACCUACAUAGAAGAUGUAUAACCUACAAUAUUUAUGUAUUUGCGAGACAAACUGACGAUGCCGUUUCACGGUGAAUGACCAUGUCAGCGCCGAAAUAAACACCAAGUUCAACCUUGUUUCCAUAUUUUCAUUCCUUCAUC